GAGGGAAGAAGUGUGGCCUCGCAUUCUUCUCUCUCCCCUCUCCCACUCCCUUCUCCCGCGCCAGCCCGCCUACAGGUGCCUUCCACAGGUGCUGCUUACUCCUCCAGAUGGCGGGGAGGUGAAGGAGGUACUGGAGGCUGUGGUCUCGUCCCUGUCCAAUCGAGAUAACAUUCUUGAUAUCGAGAACGGGUACAAAAUGAGGCGGCUGUGAGAGACUGAGAAGAGAUCCUGACGAAGUCGCAGACGAGGGGGAGUGAAAAAACGAAGAAGAUUGGAAGAAGUCGCAUUAUUUUGAGGUGUCUGUGUAUUCUAAGAGAAAUUCCUGACGAAGUAACAGACGAAGUUGAGUGAAAGCACGAAGAAUCUUCCUUUAUUCCGCCGUAUUGUCGUACCGUCGUGUCCUUGGGAGCAGUGGUAGCGAUAGUCAGUGGUGGCGGUGAUAGUGCUUAGCUGUGGUGACCGUCGCAAUGGUAACAAGUGAUAGCAAUGUUCUUCCUGCAGUAGAGAAAGUUCUAAGCAUUUAUCAAUAACCCUCAACACACACACACACGCACGCGAACUCGAACCGAAACUCACGAAACUCUAAAAUGCUCUCAACAUUAGGCGAAGGAGAGUCUGCGUUAGUGCAGUGUUGAAGACGACUUGGAAGAGGAAACUUAAGGGCUUGGAGGAAACAGAGUGUGCUGGAGGUGCUGGAAUUACUGAAGAGGUGGAGAAGUGAGGAUCGACGAGUGAGGAGGGCCCGGCAAAAUGAGGGAGAUUGUCCACAUUCAAGCGGGACAGUGCGGGAACCAAAUUGGAUCCAAGUUCUGGGAGGUGAUCAGCGACGAGCACGGCCUGGGCCCCAGCGGCCUGUACAGCGGAACCCACGACAUACAGCUGGAGAGGGUCGAUGUCUUCUACAACGAGGCGUCCGGUGGAAGGUACGUGCCCCGGGCGGUGUUGGUGGACCUGGAACCCGGCACGAUGGACGCCGUCAGGACCACCACCUUCGGCGCCCUCUUCAAGCCCGAUAACUUCAUCUUCGGCCAGACGGGUGCCGGGAACAACUGGGCGAAGGGUCACUACACGGAGGGCGCUGAGCUGGUGGAUUCGGUGCUGGAUUGUAUACGGCAGGAGUGCGAGGCGUGCGAGUGUCUGCAGGGGUUCCAGUUGGCACACUCCCUGGGGGGCGGCACGGGCUCUGGCAUGGGCACGCUUCUGCUCAGCAAGAUACGGGAAGAGUACCCGGACAGGAUCAUGAACACCUUCUCCGUUGUGCCCAGCCCCAAGGUGUCCGACACUGUGGUGGAGCCGUACAACGCCACCCUCACCGUCCACCAGCUGAUCGAGAACACUGACGAGACAUACUGCAUCGACAACGAGGCGCUCUACGACAUCUGCUUCAGGACGCUCAAGCUCAGCACGCCCACCUACGGGGACCUCAACCACCUCGUCUCCCUCACCAUGUCCGGCGUGACCACUUGUCUCAGAUUCCCGGGGCAGCUUAAUUCUGACCUAAGGAAGCUGGCGGUCAAUAUGGUGCCCUUCCCUCGCCUCCACUUCUUCAUGCCCGGCUUCGCGCCCCUCACGGCCCGCGGAGAGCAGGCCUUCCGCGCCCAGACCGUGCCUGAGUUGACCUUCCAACUGUUUGAUGCCAAGAACAUGAUGUGUGCCUGCGACCCGCGACACGGGAGGUAUCUCACGGUGGCCACGGUGUUCAGGGGCCGGAUGUCGAUGCGGGAGGUGGACGAACAGAUGCUCAACGUGCAGAACAAGAACAGUUCCUACUUCGUGGAGUGGAUCCCCAACAACGUGAAGACCGCGGUGUGCGACAUCCCGCCCAGGGGGUACAAGAUGGCGGGGACGUUUAUUGGCAACACAACAGCCAUCCAAGAACUCUUUCUGCGCAUCUCCGAACAGUUUGCUGCCAUGUUCAGACGACGAGCUUUCCUCCACUGGUAUACAGGGGAGGGCAUGGACGUGAUGGAGUUUACCGAGGCCGAGGCGAACAUGAACGACCUGAUGUCCGAGUACCAGCAAUACCAGGAGGCCAUGGGGGACGACUACGAGGAUGAGGAGGGCGACUCUUACGACGACGAGGGAGACGACGAAGAAGCGAAUGAUAACGAAGCGAAUGAUGACGAAGUGAAUGAUGACGAUGAGCAAGAACCGUAACUUACGACGACGAGGGAGACGACGAAUGAUGAUGACGAUUAACAAGAACCGUGACUUACGACGACGAACGAUGAUGACGAUGAGCAAGAACCAUGACUAACGACGACGAGGGAGGCGACGAAUGGUAAUGACGAUGAGCAAGAACCAUGACUAACGACGAUGAGGGAGAUGAAUGAUGAUAGCGAUGAGCAAGAACCAUGACUAACGACGAUGAGGGAGAUGAAUGAUGAUAGCGAUGAGCAAGAACCAAGAGAAGAGGGGGAAGGAGUUGAACGAAGAAAGGAUGAGUGGAUGUAAAGGCAUGAAUGACGAAUUAAGACUGAGGAAGAUAAAUUUUACGGUGAAAAUUAAAACUAACAGAAAAAUCUAACAUGUACACUUUCCAGCCACUUGUAUACGCCUGAAAUAUAUAUUCCGUAAAGAA